ACCAAUCCCACAGUUCGAUUUAUUCGUUUAGUGGCGAGAGUGGCUGCGCGAAGUGCCCGAAAGUCCUUUUGUUUCAAAAGAAAUCUUAUUCGAAGAACCCCGAUCCUUGCGAGGAUCGUCUAGUGCAAUAUAUGGACUAGGUAAUUUGCUUUUGGAAAAAUAAGGACACCAGCAGAGUCGCGGAUUUGUGCCCCUUCCUGAAAGUCGCACAACAAGAACAAAAAGGCGACAACAAAGCGGAGACAAAGAAACGAAAACUAGCGCCAAACGAAGUCAGUCACGGAAAAACCUUGAGGUGACUCACUGCCAAUACCACUGCCAAUUGGAGACUGAUCACUGCCUCAUCCUUGGCGCUCCCAAUAAGCGGAGUCACCGGAACGAGUGGACAAACCAUAUCCGGAAUGCAGCCGCCGGAACGUGAGAUCGGAAUGCCAAAGAGGCAUCGCGAGCACAUCCGCAAGAAUCUGGAUUUCCUAGUUGCGAGGACGAACUACGAUCAACUGGCAACGGAGUGCGUGCACCGGGGCAUCCUGUCCGUUCAGAUGUUGAGAAAUACGGAGGAUCUGAAUGGGGAGCGAUUCAACAUGGACGAUAAGGAUGUGAUCUUGGAGCAGCAUCGUCGGCUCUUCUUGAAGAUCACCCAGCGAGGUCCCAACGCCUACAACCUGCUGAUCGAUGCACUGCACAAGGUCAAUUGUGUGGAUGCCGCCAAGCUAUUGGAGUCCGUCGAUGAGUCCGGUUCAAGGCCACCCUUUAUCUCGCUAAACGAACGGAAUUCCAGCCGGAAGUCGGCCGAUAUUGUGGACACCCGUUCACCACAAGCAUGCGAAGGACCCUGUGUCAGCAAGAGAUCCCUAAACGAUCCACUCGGACCACUCACUCCGUACACGGGCCCCACUGUCGGACCCCAACGCGUCGUUAUUAAAUCGGACAAGAUAUACACGGAUAGCGUGGUAGGCACAUAUAAGAUGCAAUCGCGUUGGAACCGCGGCGUUUUGCUAAUGGUUAACAUAAUGGACUUUCCGGAGCCAAAGCGCGUACGGACGGGAGCCGAGGUGGACAGCAACUCGUUGAUCCACUUGUUCAAGGAACUGGGAUUUAAGAUUUUCCCCUACGGGAACGUAAACCAGCAUCAGUUCUUCGAAAUUCUGCGAAAGGUUACCUCGUCGUCGUAUGUGCAGAACACCGAGUGUUUCGUGAUGAUACUGAUGACACACGGCAAUCGUGUGAACGAGAAAGACAAGGUGGAGUUUUGCGAUGGAUCUGUGGUCGAUAUGCAAGAGAUCAAGAACCACUUUCAGGCGAACAUCAGUCCUUAUUUGGUGCACAAGCCCAAGGUGCUUAUAUUCCCCUUUUGCCGCGGUGAAAAUUAUGAUUUGGGACAGCCACAGAAUCAAUACAAUCCCAUGAUGCCAAUUUAUACGUUGCAACCGGAGGAGGCACCUGACGCCCAGACGGAGGGCAUAUCCAGUCCGAGCCCCAAUGUGCCAACUCUCGCAGACACUCUAGUCUGCUAUGCCAAUACGCCGGGCUAUGUUAGCCACCGGGAUCCCGACGAGGGCAGCUGGUACAUCCAGAAGUUCUGCGAAGUGAUGGCCGAUCAUGCCCACGACACAAAUCUCGAGGAUAUCCUAAAGAAGACACACGCUUCCGUGGGCAAUAGGCGCACCAAGAAGGGUUCGAUGCAGACCGGUGCCUUCGAUAAUCUUGGUUUCAACAAGAAACUCUACUUCAAUCCCGGAUUUUACACAGAGUAGUCGCA